AUGACAGGCGGUAGAGUGGCAACGCUGCUCCAUCAGACCAGUAGACUGCGCCGAAGUCACCAGUGUACACACGCCUUGGCUAGCACGACUCAGGCCGACCCAGGCUCCAGCUUGGCCAUCUCGCGAUGGAUCACAACAUCUGUCUCCUGCACCGGCUUGGGCAGGCCGAUAGACGCUUGUGUCCUGACGAGUACAUCGUCUGCCAUCCAGUGUCAGCGGUCAGCUUCGACGGCCCCGCUCAGGCGGACACGCAAGGCCUCUGGAACGAAUCGAAGCACGAUCACACGCAAUCAGGCUACUACCGCUUCCACUGCGACUGCCACGCCCGGCAGUGACGGUCCGCCUCCUUCGGCGCCCGUGUCGAGUGCCCGGAGUAAGGGCAAGGGCAAGGCUGAGCCACAGCAAGAAGCGACGCCUGCCCAGCCAAGUCUGGAGUCAGAGACCAAGACUGAGAAACGUAACAGCUCGGCGAGGAAGAUACGGGACGCAGAAGGUCCUGCUACAGCGGCAUCGUUCGCACCGAGUACAGAACCCGAGCCAGCGGGACAUGCAGAGACUGGGCAGGCAGCUCAAGCAAAGGCCGACACAGAUCCCCCGCGCGUGAUUGAGAUUGUGCAAGGCGAAAGGCCAAAGUCUGACACGGACAAGCAAGUUGCGAGCGACUCGACUUCGCUGGCUAGAGUACCUUAUGAUCCUUCGAGAGACCGGAGACGGUCUACCGGAGAUUCUGCUGCCGAUCAGGAAUCGCUCCGAAGCGCUACGGCGAAAUACGACCUGCCUCUGCCGAGCACGCAUGACUCUCUGCCGGCUGUACGGCAUCCGUUCAAUACGCAUCGCUUUGUACAGAAGCUGGAGAAUGCAGGUUGGCCGAGAGGCGAAGCCGAAGAAGUCAUGCGUGCGACAAGGGCGCUGCUGACGAUGAGCGAGAAGCAAGCCGCUCAGAACCUUGUCGGUCGAAGCGAUCUGGAGAACGAGGCCUACUUGUUCUCUGCUGCGCUGUCGGAGCUGCGCACAGAAGUGCAGGUCAAGGCACGCAAUGAUGGCAUAUCGCUGCGCAGUAUGGGCAAUCAGGUCCAGCGGGAGACAGACAGUCUCAAUCAGAAGCUAGGAGAGGACAUCGCUGGGCUGAAGAACGAAAUCCAGCUCGACAUCAACGCACGCAAGGAGGAGGCCUCUGUCGAUCAGAAAAGUCUCGAACUCAAGAUAAUCGAUCUCAGCAACAAGUUCACGGUACUGCUGGGCGACGUGCGGACAGACCUCGAAGCGCGGAAAUGGCUGCUCACACGACGCUCGAUCACGAUGAUAGGUGCGCUCGUGGUACUCGUCAUUGCGUCCAACGUGCUCGUCGAUGCACCCAAAGAAGAGCCGCCCGCGCCCUUGCCAUCCGUCUUCGAUCUGGGCGUCGAGCCGGUCGCCAAUGCACCCGCCGCGGACGACGGAUUCCUGUCUGGAUGGUUCCGAAAGUCGGAUAAUCAGCAAGGGUCUGCGCCGUCGGGCCCAGAUGAGAAACGGCCGCCGUCGUCAUCAUAG